GAAUCAGAUUUCCUUUGGUGUGUUUAGCUGAAUCCUCUUCACCACCAUAUCUUGCGUGCUAGCUAGCUUAAUUCCAAUUCCCAACAGAAGCAAAUUCUGUUGUCGAUAAUACAUUUCGACUAGCUAGUACGAAAAAAGACAAAAUAAAAAUUAUAUCAUAAAAAAUAAAUGGCAUUCAGCGGGACCCAACAGAAAUGCAAGGCUUGUGAUAAAACUGUUCACUUCGUCGAAGGUGUAACCACCGAUGGGACCACUUAUCACAAGAAUUGCUUCAGGUGCAGCCAUUGCAAUGGCCUUCUCGCAAUAAGCAACUACUCAUCCGCCGAAGGAGUCUUGUACUGCAAGGUACACUAUGAGCAGCUUUUCAGGGAAACUGGUUCCUACCCUAGAAGAUCCCAAUCCUUUGGAAAGCCCCCAAACGAGCUGACUAAGAAUCCAAGCAAACUUUCUGCCUUCUUCUCUGGGACACAAGAGAAAUGUUCAAAAUGCAAGAAAACCGUAUAUCCAUUGGAAAAGUUGACAGUGGAAGGUGAGUUUUACCACAAAUCAUGCUUUAGAUGUGCACAUGGAGGAUGUUUCUUGACCCCUUCAACCUAUGCUGCUCUUGAUGGAUAUCUCUACUGCAAGCCACACUUCUCUCAGCUGUUCAAGGAGAAGGGCAGCUACAGUUAUCUGUCCAAGCAAGCUUCACUGAAGAAGAGUACUGAAAUGCAGCAGAAGCAACAAGAACAACUAGAGGCUGUGAAGAAAACUGAGGAAGAUCUUUCAGAAUCAGAGGCAGAGGCAACAACUGAAAAGGAAGCUGAACAAGCUGAGGAACACUCUGAGCAAGAGGAAGAGAAAGAGCAAGAGAAGGAGCAUGAGCAUGAGCAUGAGCAUGAGAAGGAGGAGGAACACUGAUUCUGCAAAGGGCCUUCUCUUGUGUUGUGUGUCUUUGCAUCAUUGGUAUAUCUUUUUGGCUACAAUACAACCCCGUUAAUUCGGGACAUUUUGUUCGUGGAAGUUACUGAUUCACUGGGUGGUGUGGUCUUGUGUCCCUUGGAAAUAUUCCCACAAAAGGGCUUUUAUAGUAUUAUUCUUAAUUGUGUUCCACUAAAUUUGCAAACAGUAUAGAGGUUAAGCAUUUUUGUUCUUUUGGUUUGGGCAUGUGGAUGCCUUCAUGAAGCCAACGUGCAUGCAUGCAUGCAUGCCCCACUCAUUUCCGAUGUACUUCUUUCUCUGUGUUAAGCAACAGAGAUCAGAGUAGACCAACAAAAUUUUAUUAUCUGAAUUCAUCAUGACUUACAAUACCAA